AUGAUGGCCGCAUCGGUGCCUCAGAAUGCAGCCGGUCAUUUGAACGCAGAGGAAACAUUUGAAAGACGCAAGGCAGAUCUGAUUUGCGCGCUGAAGGAGAAAGAGCCGACCUUUGCAGAAGUUGAGCGGCUGUUGGCAGAAACCCGGGUCUCAGGCCAGCUUGCUAUUUUCCAGAUCCUCGGGGCAGGAAUACGAGAUAUCAGAUUGAGAAAUGGAGGGCCCGUGGGGAGCCCAGAGGGAUCUGAUGUCCGUACUCCGAUGAAUGCGCUGAAGAUCGAAGGCGGGCUCUGGGACGCGCAUCUAGAGAUUAACGGGCGGUUUCGCAAAUGGCUAUCGAACAUCCAGGAAGACGAGAAACGCGGGAAAAAGCGGCCUGUCGAAAAGCGCAAGCUUCUGAACCGCUACUCAAAAUUCAUCAAGUCUAGCCAGGAGUUUUACGAAGAAUACAUUUACCACUUGCUGGAGGACUUCAAGGCCUAUCAUAUCCCGGAAUUCGAAGAGGUUGCUAGGCGAAAGGGGUAUCUAUUCGAAAAAGAGGAACCUUUAAACUCAGCCGCGGACAAUACGCUAAGCGCAGAACUAAGACGGGCGGUCCUCUCCUCCUGUCAUGCUACUCUUAUUAGGCUUGGAGAUCUCGGUCGUUACUACCAGACGGAACUGGUAGAUCAAACGAAGAAGAACUGGGAGCGUGCUACGAAGAAUUAUUCGAUGGCGUCGUUGGUUAACCCUGACUCCGGAAAUCCAUUUAACCAGUUCGCCGUCAUAGCCCUCGCUGACGAGGAACAUUUGAAUGCGGUAUACUACCUAUACCGAGCCCUCUCGGCGAAAGAGCCUCACCCCAACGCGCACAAAAAUUUGACAAAGGAAUUUAAAAAGGUGCUGUCCAAGAAAAAGGGGACGUUGCCAACUUCGAAGGAUCUUCAGUCUGCCCUGGUGAAUUCAUUCGUCUAUCUCCAUGCCCAGUGUUAUCAGGGAGACUCUCCCGAACACGAGGAACGCGAGAAUGAGAUCAUGCGCCAGGUGACUGUGGACUUGAAGGAAAACGUACUUGAGCCGUCUCUUUUGGAAAAAUUUGCUCUUAUAAACAUCGCCUCUGAAAGUCACGCAAAGGAUUUAAACGCCCAGGUAUUUCUUCAACGGCUGAACGUUAAGUUCUUUUUCACGCUCCUUCAGGUUAUUCUAGCCGAACUUGAGUGCUCUGCAGACAAAGUGACAUCUGUUGCCCAUUCCAUUCUCCCGGCCUUGCGCCACUACAGCAGUUGGCUGCUCGUCAACAGUCAAGAGUUGGUAUCUGUGCCUGAAGCAAAGGAUAGCCCGUUAUGUAUUCAGAUCAAGGAACUGUGGAAGAGCUACGCCAACACACUGACUCUUCUUACCUCAACCUUCGACGUUGUAAACCUGCCUGCAGUUGACUACCUCCUCGAAGAAGAUGAGAAUACCCUUGGGUUCAAACCCUUCGCACACGAGAGUAAUAUGCGCCGCUAUCUUGGACCCAACGGAGCAACGAAACCCAGACAAUUGCACACAGAAACAUCAAACUCCAGUAACACAGAUAUGCUGUUUCGGAUCCGUGAAUUUGUAAUUGACGGUCUAGAUCUCGUGAUACAUGAAAGGAUCCCAAUUGUAAUGGUGGACAAGGAGGAUGCAAAGUUGUUCGUUUACAAGGAGGAAGGGCUACCGCAAUUUUCAAGCCCUCGCAGCCAACCCCGUGGCCAUGGUCAUACACUUUCGUCGACAAGCAUUGAUCGAGAUGAGAUACAGAGGCCUACGCCUCCCGCUCCUGGUGUGUUGGAGGACGGGGCCUCUAUCUCGGGUUCAGUGUCAAUGCAUCGAAUGGUCGACAAUCUAGUUGAAUCGGAGCCAGCCGAGAGCUUAGCGGACAGUGAUGAUGGCCCAAUGCCAUCGUAUGCCUCGCUCAAUUCGAAUCAUCGCCGAAAUAUGGUCCGUCAAGGAUUUGAAGGCACUCUCUCAAGUACCCAAGGCCCAACUCCUGUUCAGUGCUAUUCGCCAGGACCACCACUUCCAAGUAUCAUGAACACUGCGUUUGCUCCUCAGCCCGGCGAGGCUAUGUCUCCCGCAAGCCGACCAUCGACCGCCAUACCUGCGGCAUCCCCCCAGGUAUUACCAUCUGGCGGAAACAACAUUUCCCCGUUCCCAGGCUCACUCGGCUCAUCAGCGUUCCCUUACUCAAGCUCCUUCAUCUCCACACCAGUGGAUGAAUUCCCUAGUAGCUUGUCAUACAUGCAAACACCGCGUCUCGGUAAUGCAGGCAGCUACAUCAAUGGGACAAGUUUCUUCGGUGUUCAACCAUCAGAGUACAUUACCCAUUACGACCAGCCUCAAUUGCCUCAACUGCUCACUUCAUCCCCGUACCCUGGAAGCAUGACUUACCCUUACCGGGGCAACCGCGAAUCUGCCAUGAGCUAUGCCGGAGUCAUAGGCGAGCAAACCCCACCGAAUGGACAAUGCGGAUGA